CUUAGACCGUUUAUAAUGAGGGUGUUGAUAGGGGGGUUGAGUUUUGUUGAGAUAGUGUAGUGGUUUGUUGAGUUUUGUUGAAGAUGAUGUGGAGGAGAGAGGUAUUGAGGGAGUUCAACAUGUUGAAGUUGUAGGUACCAGAGACACGUGGCGGGCGCCAGGCGCGUGCACCACACGCGCCGAUAAGACGCGGAGAGAGAAAGAGUUGUUGGUUUAUCUUGUUAGACACGUGGCUCCUCCUGAUUGGCUGUCUGGAUUUUGAUCAUCUUAAUUUUUUGAACUCAAUUAUUUCAUUGCAAAAAAAAUUUCUUGACCAAAAUUCAUGAUUUGGACACAGAAAAAAAAAAACCAAGUUUUUCACUAUUUUUAUUAUCUUUCUAUUAGCCUUUGUUGUGAAAUGGAUCCCAACAAUUACCAUUUCAACACCCAUAAUUCUUCUAAAUACCCAUUAAGCUACCAAAAUCCCAACAAUUUUCAAGAUCCAAAUCAAUUUUCCAACUACUAAAAUCUCAACAAUUAUCAAGAUCCAAAUCAAUUUUCCAACUACCAAAAUCUCAACAAUUAUCAAGAUCCAAAUUAAUUUUCCAACCAACGCCCUCAAAACAUACAUAAUUUUGGUUUGCCACCAAAUUGCAACCAGUCAUCCUUUGUUCCAAACUUUCAUCCACAUCAUGGAUCUAGGAUGAGAUAUCCAUCUCAAACACCCCCGUUUAAUGGUUAUAUGCCAAUGGUGAAUGAAAAUUUUCCAAGUGUUGGUGCACCUGAAUUUCCCGAAUUUUUAACACAAAUAACUCUUGGUGGCAUGACAGCUGCUAAUGAAAUCACUCCAAAUCAAGAGGAUUCAACUCCUAAGAGCAAGAAAACCCAGUCACCAUCAUGGAGCACUGAACAAAAUUUGGUGCUAAUUAGUGGGGGGUGGAUUAAAUAUGGAACAAGCAGUGUUGUCGGGAGAAACCAGAAAGGAGAAACAUAUUGGGGUCAAAUUGCUGAGAAUUGUAAUGAGCAUUGCUCAUUCGAUCCUCCGUGCGAUGGAGUUGCAUGCCGAAACCGUUUUAAUUAUAUGAACAAAAUACUGGGUAAAUGGAUUGACGCUUAUGAUGGCGCUAAGCAUUUGCAAGAAAACGGUUGGUCGGAGAAUGAUAUUUUGGCAAAAGCGCAGAAAUUAUACGCAAGUGGAAAGAAUGUUCAAUUUACUUUGAUUGCAGAAUGGCACGCUCUCCGUGAUCAACCACGUUUUUGUAGUCAAGUAGAAGGAAAUGAGCGUCGAAACAAAAUAUUGGAAGAUAGUGCACCUCGUAGUAGAAAAUAUCUCAGUAGACAUCAUGCAGCGGCAAACCAAAGGCUAACUGACGACUACUUUGCCAAUGAGCCUACAUAUGACGAUGCAAUGUUUCGUCGUCGGUACCGAAUGCAAAAACAUGUUUUCCUUCGAAUCGUUGCAGACCUUUCAAGUAGUGAUAACUAUUUCACCCAGCGAGUUGAUGCAGCCAAUAAAGAAGGUAUAUCACCCUUAGCAAAAUGUACCACAAUAAUGCGAAUGUUAGCAUAUGGUGUGGCUGCAGAUGCGGUCGAUGAGUACAUCAAAAUAGAAGGUACUACAACAUUGGAGUGUUUACGUAGAAUCUGUAAAGGAAUCAUACGAUUGUAUGAGCAAUUGUACCUGAGAGCACCAACCCAAGAUGACCUGCAAAGAAUGCUACAUGUUAGUGAAAUGCGGGGGUUCCCAGGCAUGAUCGGGAGUAUUGACUGCAUGCACUGGGAGUGGAAAAAUUGUCCUAAAGCAUGGGAAGGUCAAUUUGCUAGAGGGGAUAAGAGAACCACAACAGUUAUUCUUGAAGUAGUUGCAUCUCAUGAUCUAUGGAUCUGGCAUGCAUUUUUUGGAUGUCCGAGAACGUUGAACGAUAUAAACGUUCUAGAUUGGUCACCAGUGUUUGAUGACGUGGAACAGGGAAAGGCUCUAAAUGUGAAUUUAUUUGUGAAUCAACGUCCCUAUAAUAUGGCAUACUAUCUUGAUGGUAUCUACCCUUCUUAUCCAACUUUCGUCAAAUCGAUUAGACUUCCUCAAAGUGAACCCGAUAAGUUAUUUGCAAAAUAUCAGGAGGGAUGUCGGAAGGACAUCGAACGUGCAUUUGGAGUGCUUCAAGCUCGUUUUAAAAUCAUCCGUGAACUAGCUCGCUUGUGGGACAUAGCUGAUUUGGGUAUCAUCAUGAGGUCAUGCAUCAUAUUACAUAAUAUGAUUGUUGAGGAUGAACGAGAUUUAUAUUCUCAACGUUGGACCCAUUUUGAGCAACUUGGGGAAAGUGGAUCUAGUACACCGCAACCAUACUCGACCGAGGUGUUACCCGCUUUUGCAAAUCAUGUGCGUGCUAGAUCCGAGUUGCGUGAUCUAAAUGUUCAUCUUGAACUGCAAGCAGAUCUAGUGAAGCACAUUUGGGCA